UACUUCCGGUAAAUACAUUACAACUUCCGGUUAUGAUAAAUGCGGAAAACUUAAAUUGUAAGUUGACUCACUGAUGGAGUUUAUCUGAGAUAAGAUGAAGAUGUUUGCAACAGUGUGCUAAACCGAUUAUAACUUCGAUCCCGUGAAUUUGACCUCUGACUGACCACCUGUGUUGGCUGCUGGACGAGAUGACCUCCUCCAGCCAGGUCCUCCAGUUCUCCCUCCUCAGUAAAAACAUCCUGACCCCAGAGGAGGCCGAGCUGUACGAGCUGGGUCAACUAGGAGGCGUGACCCUUGACCCCAGCGUGUUUAAGAUUAUCAUGGACCUUCUGAAAAUGAAUGUCGCACCAACAGCCAUUUUGCAUAUGCUGAAAUCAAUGUGUGGUCAACGAAAAAAGAAACACACCGUCGUGGACGAAGACGUCAUAGGUCAGCGAGGAUCAAGGUCAGCGACAAGUUCGGGGAGUCGGCCCCGGCAGGGGUCUGGUUCCCGGAGAGUUGAAGCCCGGAGAUAGUGCAGCUGUUUUAAGUGGAAGCCCGGAGAUAGUGCAGCUGUUUCAAGUGGAAGCCCGGAGAUAGUGCAGCUGUUUUAAGACUGUGAUAUGUGAGGCCACCUCACCUGACAUUAUUUUGUCGUAUACUGCCUUCAAGUCAUUGAUUUGAAAAUUUUGUGACGAUAUGUCAACUCAAAAGUAUCAUAAUUUAUCGAUAAAUAACAAAAUUAGUCUUUCUGUCUGUGUAUAGUUAUAAAAAAAUCUAUCUGAACAAGGCUGAUCCAUUAAACGCUUAAAACUGAAUUUUCUACCAUUGUACAAAUGUACAUGUUAUCUAGGUAAAUGUUUCUGUGCCGGAGAAUUAUUUAUUUAGUAUUAAUAAUCUUACUUUUUGUCAAUACAGUAUCAAUAUAAACAUGAUAAAAUAAUUAUGUAUCUUUUUUUAGAUAUACAUGUACAAUGACAUCCCUAACUUCAACUUAUUUUUGAUUGAAUAAAAAUUGCUUUUCAUACA